AUGAUUAGGUCGAAAACCCGAAACUACCUGGUGGCGAUGCUCGGAUUCUCUCUAUUUGCCCUCCUCCUCCUCACCCACUUCCUCGAGUUCCCUCUCCUCACCACCGCCGGCAUCCCUGAGCCCGGGGCCAAUGGCAUCGCCUCUGCCACCUCCGGCCGCGAGGAGGCCUUCACGGAUGUCGUGGCGGCGUUCAGAAAGUGGGAUAAGAAGGUGGGAUGCGAGCGGUUCAGGGAAAAGUACCGGAGGUGGACGCCCAACGCUUCCGUGCUGCAGGAAGCGGAAGGCAGCGGUUGUCGGGGGAUGGAGCUGUCACACGUCAGUGUGCUGAUCAAAGGGUGGACCUGGAUUCCCGAUAACUUGGAUCGGCUUUACUCCUGUCGAUGCGGGCUGAGUUGCCUCUGGACCAAGUCCGCGGUUCUGGCUGAUAAGCCCGACGCUCUCCUGUUUGAGAACGCCACGCCUCCUUCCAAGGUAAACACCAAGACCACUCUGUCUGCAAAGCAUGCUUCCUCGGGGACAGAAAAAUCUCUUUCCACUCUCUAGAAGUUGAGAUGGGCGCUUCAGUCCGUUUUAUUUUACAUAGUUCGUAACUCUUCCGAUGAAUGAUUGAGGUUAAAUAUCUUCUCAAUAUCUUGUCAAACUGAAGUGCCCGAGGUGUGAAUCUAUACAAGAAUUUCUAUGUAUUCAUGCUGUCUCUAUUGGAUAGAAGAUCUUUAUCAAUAAUAAUUGAUGAACCAAUUCAAGGAAGAAUUAUCUAUCAGAACACCAUCUGCCGGCUGAAGAACAUCUAUGUGAAAAGUUAAAUGUUUUUUUUUUCUUCUUCUUCUGAUUUUAUAUCAUCAAACUGGUUGGGCACUUGAGGGAUUUCCGUUAUAGCUGAGACCCAGUUGUAUCUCAGCGGAGACCAUUUUUGCAGCAUGAUCACAGUCCAAACAGGAUCCUCCACCCAAAGUUGUAUGAUCUGUUAUCACUCUAAGGACCACAAAUGCUUGAUCACUGAGGGAGUAGAGGUCAGAUCUGCGAUUUUCCUUGGUUGUGAGCUUAUGGAAUCAUCCUGCGUAUCAAUGUUCUCUGAAAAUUAUAUCUUCUAUGCCGGAUGUGAAUGGCUUCCAUUCCUGUGCAAAUGAAAGAAGGAAUAUCCGGGGCUUGUGCUCACUUCACGCUACUCCUGGAUGAUUUUUCUCAUUGCAUCUGAUCUGUCCAGUAAGUUGGGCACCUCUGAGGGAGGCCAGAUGGGCCCCAAGAAAAGGCAUGAUAAGAAAAGAAAAGAAAGAAAAAAAAAACAUGGUCUUUCUCAACUCCAUCUUCUUCGUUUAUAGUAAUGGAAAUAUUUUUUUUCUUCUUUUAAGGCUCAUAAGAUGGUGAAUAUCUGGAAAACUUUGUGUUCUAUUCGAGAUGCAAGUCGCUACAUCUUCAUCUGGUAUCAUCUGAUUCCUCUGAUCUUUCUUGAUCUUCAGAGGAAGAAGGGCGACCCGCUUCGUGUUUACAUGGAUCUCGAGGCCAGUCGGAAGCAUUCAGGGUUCGAAGAUAUCUUCAUCGGCUACCAUGCCAAGGAUGACGUUCAGACAACUUACGCCGGGGCGCUGUUCCACAACAACAGGAACUACCAUGUGUCGCCCUCCAAGAAAAAUGUGGGUAUUCCUCCCUCUUUCCUUGCAAAAAUCCAUGAUUCCAGUGCUUCCUUCUUCAUAGUUCUCGCUCUUCAUGUUCUACACCAAAAAAAAUAAAAAAACUAAAAAAUUGGUUGGUCAAUCUUUCAUUCUACAUCAAAUCUGGGUUUAUUAGUUUUUCACAUAUGAGUGACGGAUGAACAUCUAUUCCUGCAAAAUAUGGCUCACAUGCAAGCAAGAAGGAGUUGUACGAUAUGGAAAGAACAGGGUUUUCAAAUCUUGUCAAUCCAAUUUUUUAGGGUUUUUUUUUUUUUUUUUGGUGUAGAACAGUUUUUUCUAAAACAAGGGUUAUGGAAGUUGCAGAGUAAAUGGGUGGCUCGUCUUCAUUUCCCAUCAGUUCUCACCCUCUCGGGGCUUGUUUUCCCUCAGGAUGCUCUGAUCUACUGGUCCUCUUCCCGGUGCCUCCCCCGCCGGGACCAGCUCGCGAAGAGCUUCCUCUCCCUUGUCCCUCACCACUCCUUCGGCAAGUGCCUGAACAACGUGGGCGGCCUCAACAUGGCGCUGACCUUCUACCCGGAGUGCUCCGCCACCGGCGGCGCCGCCGAAGACCCUCACUGGUACGACCACCUCCACUGCGCCAUGUCCCACUACAAGUUCGUCCUCGCCAUCGAGAACACCGCCGUCGACAGCUACGUGACGGAGAAGCUCUUCUACGCCCUCGACGCCGGUUCUGUGCCCAUCUACUUUGGCGCCCCCAACGUGGCGGACUUCGUCCCCCCCAACUCCAUCGUUGACGGCUCCAAGUUUUCCUCCAUGAAGGAGCUGGCUGCUCAUGUGAAGUCCCUGGCCGUUGACCCCGUCGCCUACGCCGAGUACCACGCUUGGCGGCGCUGCGGAGUCCUGGGAAACUACGGCAGAGUCCGCGCCGCCAGCCUCGACACCCUCCCUUGCCGGCUCUGCGAGGCCAUCAGCAGCAAGGGUGGCAAGCUGGCCGGAAACCGUUGA